AUUUUCUCCUACGCGCCUCGCACCCGCUCACCUUAGUUGGCACCGCGGCUAUGGCACCCACGUCGCCCAGCCCCGUGUGUGUUAUCCCAGCGAUGGGCGUGUGUUUCUCCUAUUUUCUCACAUGUAUCUACGCAAAGGAACCGCAGAGUCAUUCAAUUGUUUUUGAGUCGAAACAUCCCAUUUGAGCUUUUAUGGUCUUUAUCGUAACCCUGGAAAAAAAGCAUAUGGCUAACACAGUCUGGUCAGGUGCAGUACAGAGCAGUCGCGAUGCACGGCCUGAGGUCUCUGCCGCCUACGGCUCCUACGUCUGUGACAUAAGAAAAGAGAAGCGCAAGCGGCAAUGCCUGCCCGACGACAAGCGCAGCAACAGGUUCCCGUGCUGGCGAUCUUGUCGCUGCUGGCGUCUGCCGCCUUCGCCUCGGACACUAGUGACUUUUGCAGCUCGGUUACCUCCUGCCUUAAGGAUGGCAGCACCACGUGUGACACGACCACAGGCGAUUGUCCUCCAUGCAUCUACGCGCUCGACAGCACCUACACAUGCUGGGAGAAGGACAAUUCGACCAAUACCUGCCCCUUCACUGGUGUCCGCUACGACUGCUCCGACUCAUGGGGUUCCAAACCGUCCAGCAGCACCAAUAGUGCGAUGUCUUCUUCGACCGACCCGACGGACCCAAUCGCUGGCUCCUCCACUGCUUCCACCUCCUCGUCUUCUGAGGCCAGCACCGACACCUCGAGCUCCACCGGUUUGGGCGGACUGAGUUCUAGUCUCAUCACGUACGGAGCCAUCGGCGUCGGGGCUGUCUUGGUUGUAGUUAUCCUUUGCAUACUCUGUGCUUGGAGGCGCAAGAUGCGACGCCGUCGUGAGGAGAACGUCGCAGCUACAGGUGCCGGCAACUUUGGUCGCAACCGCGCUAUGUCCGACAAGCGCAUGCGUGGCCUGUCGAAGCCCGACGAAGGCUUCACUGGGCCGUACAACAACAUUUUAGACACCAGCAAAGUCAACUACGCAUCCUCCAACAUGAAUGCUGGCUACAGUGGCCGUCGCAAGGGAUCACGCCCAGAUCCGAUGGAUACACAGUCUCACGUGCCCACAGAUGAAUCUCCGCGUAGCUUCGACGGUAUGUUGGCCGAUGCGUCGCAGUCGCCGGCGGUCUUAGGUGGAAACACGCGUGGUUCACGCAAAAGCGGAGGACGCAAUGUCCAGGGAUCCCCCGUUGUCGGAGGCAUCGGCGGGUUCUCAAACGUGAGUGAAUAUGUGCAACAGGACAUUUCCUCGCGCUGCACUGCAACACCGAACGUCUUUGGUGAAUAUCUACGCAUGAAGCAGGAGAUGCAGUAUGAUGAAGCCGACCGCAGUACUAUGGGCGGGAUGAGUGGUGUGAGCUUCAGCGAUACCAUCAGUGACCUGGAUAGCGGCAAGUACUCGUUCCAAUCGUCGCAGGGUAUUGGCCGACCGCCGCAGCGGCGAACAGACUUAGACGGUCGGUCAUCGAUGGCCGACUCACUCACCGACUCCAUCGCGGACUCGGUCACCGACUCGGAAUAUGCCGAGCAAUUGCGUGCUCGCGGAGAGAGCGACUGCUACAGCGAGAUGUCGUACAAUGACGAAAAAUACUCGUUCAGCAGUGUCGACGGUCUCGAUGACAGUCAAGUGCGAGAGGGCAAGCGAGAGGUCGAGAUUUAA